UAGCGGCAGCAGGGCGUUUCUUCUGUAUAGAGAAGAGGGGAGGGUACAAGGAAGGGUACAUACUAAACAUGGAACGGAAAGCAUGUUGUCAAGUUGCAUGUUGAAUUUCCGUAACAAACUUUUUUUUUUCAGAGGAAACGCAUCGCAAGGGUUUGGCCACUGCUGUGAUAAGGACAGGCUGUGAUCCUGCACGGUGGGAACUUGCCAAAAAAAGAACAGACGAGGACUAGCGUUAUCUGGAAUUGGAUCUUUUGCACUGAGGAAGACGUCUCUGCUGUGACAAACUUGGGAUUUAUUUUAGCUCCUCCGUUUUUGAUUGCAAUCAAAGCAUCCAGCGAGAGUGCAACCACAUGCACCACAAGCAAGCAGCAGCCUAGCCUCAUCAGUGCUUAAUAGCGUCUUAAUAGCUACUGAUGUUUUAUUCUGAUGAUUGAGCCUUGAAGCCAUUACCACUUUAUAUCAGGUUUACAUCAGCACUUUAUAAUAUAAAAGCUCAAUAGGCUGCUGUUGCCUCUUUAAUAAUUGACACAUCUUUACUUCUUAUUGUGGUUCCAAAGAGAAUCAAAUUGAUAGCAGCAGUCAGUCCUACUGUGCUCUAGUAACUCGACAAGCUCAAGAUGGCAGAGCAGCCCAUUUAUGCCACCGGCAUGGCCUACAAGCUGAGGAGCCAGUGGGAUCGUAAUGAGGGCCUGGGGCAGAACCACAAUGCGGUGAAGUUCUUGGGUCAGGACUAUGAUUCUCUGAAAGCCCAGUGCCUUCAAAGCGGGGGAUUGUUUGAGGAUAGCCUGUUUCCUGCUGUAGCGUCAUCUUUGGGAUUCAACGAACUCGGCCCCAGAUCGGCAAAGACCAGCGGCGUCCGCUGGAUGAGGCCCACGGAGCUCUGCAAGCGGCCCGAAUUCAUCGUAGAUGGAGCUACUCGCACUGACAUCUGUCAGGGCGCUUUGGGGGACUGCUGGUUGCUGGCAGCCAUCGCAUCGCUGACCCUAAAUGACAACCUCCUCCACAGAGUGGUUCCUCACGGACAGGGUUUCCAACAGGGAUAUGCUGGCAUCUUUCACUUCCAGUUCUGGCAGUUUGGUGAGUGGGUGGACGUCGUGAUUGACGAUCGGCUGCCGGUGAAAGAUGGGAAGCUGCUGUUUGUCCACUCAGCAGAGGGAACUGAGUUUUGGAGCGCUCUGAUGGAAAAGGCUUACGCCAAGUUGAAUGGCUGUUAUGAGGCUCUGUCAGGCGGCAGCACAUGUGAGGGUUUUGAAGACUUUACCGGAGGUGUGACGGAGAUGUACGAUCUGAACAAAGCCCCCUCGGACCUCUUCAGCAUCAUCCGCAGAGCCGUUGAAAGAGGAUCACUUCUUGGCUGCUCCAUUGACAUCACCAGUGCAAAUGACAUGGAGGCCGUCACCUUCAAAAAGCUGGUGAAGGGACACGCCUACUCCCUGACUGGUGUGGAAGAGGUGUCGUACAGAGGAAACAUGACAAGGCUGGUUCGCAUCAGGAACCCCUGGGGAGAGGUGGAAUGGACCGGAGCCUGGAGUGAUAACUCCAGAGAGUGGGACUCGAUUGAUGCGUCUUCCAGAAGUCGUCUACAAAACCGCAGCGAGGAUGGUGAAUUCUGGAUGUCAUUUAACGAUUUUCUGCGUGAGUUCUCUCGUCUGGAGAUCUGCAACCUGACGGCGGACGCCCUGGAGAGCAGCCAGGUGAAGAAAUGGAGCUCCUCGCUUUUUCAGGGGGAGUGGAGGAGAGGCAGCACAGCCGGAGGCUGCAGGAACUACCCAGCAAGUUUUUGGCUGAAUCCUCAGUUCAAGAUCAUGCUGCAGAACCCAGACAAGCAGGGCAGUCCAGACUGCAGCUUUGUGGUUGCCCUCAUGCAAAAGGACCGCAGGAAGAAACGGCGAGAGGGCCAAGACAUGGAGACCAUCGGUUUCGCUCUGUACGAGAUUCCAGAUGAGUUCAAAGGGAGUUCAGGGGUUCACCUCAAGCGAGACUUUUUCCUCAGUCAUGCCUCCAGCGCUCGCUCAGAAACCUUCAUCAACUUGAGGGAGGUCAGCUCACGUCUGAAGCUGCCGAAAGGGGAGUACAUAAUCGUCCCCUCCACCUUUGAGCCAAACAAAGAGAGCGACUUCGUCCUCAGGGUGUUCUCUGAGAAGCCUGCAGACUCUGAGGAGCUCGAUGAUGAAAUUAAAGCAGAUCUUCCAGCAGAGGUUCAACUACAUGAGAGUCAGAUUGACGCAAGCUUCAAGAAUCUCUUCAGGCAGCUGGCGGGACCGGACAUGGAGAUCAGUGUCACAGAGCUGCAAACCAUACUGAACAGGAUCAUCAGCAAACAUAAAGACCUGAAGACAGAUGGCUUCUCACAAGAAGCUUGUCGCAGCAUGAUUAACCUCAUGGAUACUGAUGGCACUGGGAAGUUGGGCCUGACAGAGUUUCACGUACUCUGGGAAAAGAUUAAACGAUACCUGACUGUAUUCAGGCAGUUUGACGUGGACAAAUCGGGCACCAUGAGCUCCUACGAGAUGAGAAUGGCUCUUGAAUCUGCAGGUAUCAAGUUGACUAACCACCUGUUCCAGCUGAUCAUCCUGCGAUACACAGAGGCAGACAUGACUGUCGACUUUGACAACUUUGUCACCUGUUUGGUCAGACUGGAGACAAUGUUCAAAACCUUUAAGAACCUGGACACUGAUGGAGACGGUCAGAUAUCUCUAAACUUCUUCCAGUGGAUCACCCUGACCAUGUUUGCCUAAAGAUGAGUGGACUCCUCUGUAGCUUUUGCACUGCAGCUCUUGGUCUGUUAUGUGGUUUCAGAAGUGCCUUUUUUUCCCUUCAGUUCUUCCUCACCCUCUAUGCUGCGCAUUGCUGAGGUCCUCUGAUGCUUAAAAACCUGUAAAAUCAUGAUUACAGUGCCUGUACUGAAAAUGUGUCGCCUGUCUCGCCAACUGAAAGACGCCGGCUUCUCCACUUCGGUCAACUCUGUGAUAAAACUGGCUACUCUGGGGUCCGAAAUAAAACACCUGAUUAAAUGUGAGGGUGUCGACACAUACUUGUAUUUUUCUUUUUUACUGGAAUAGGACUUGUUAACGUAGCAAAAUUUAGUUUACAAGCUAGCUUUACCUUUUUGUAACGUUUACUGUGUAGCCUACAUGCUAAAGCUAGCUUUAUACAAAGUUGCUAAACGCAUGGCAAAGUGCCAAAAUUGUAUUUGAUCAUAAUUUGGUAGUUUUGCACUAUUACCAGUUGGUGACGUGACAUUACUCAAAGUCCACAGAAACUUUACAGUGUCUUUUACUAAGGUAACUAUGACAUGAUACCAAAGUCAAAGUAAUGUUUAUAUGUUACCUUAUUAAAUGUAAUGUCUUAAAUGUGACAUAGAAUUUUGUUUCUAAAAUUUGGUGUGACAAGGUCCAGAUCUUAUGUUGUUAUGUUAGCAUUACAUAAUCUGAAAUAUUACGCAGACAUAAGGCCGAUACAGCGUCACCACGACCAGAUUUUGUUUGUAGGGUUUCUUGCUAUCACCUUUUAAAAUGCCAAAGGUCAUAAGAGAAUGAAUGAACUAAAUAGUUUUUUAAAAAGACAAAUGUUGCAUGAAUAAGACAUUAGGGGAAAAACAUCACUGUGUUUAUUCUUUUUUGAAUUAAUAUUUUUUGUUUUUUAUUUUUUUACUGUAGAGUUUAUAAGUCCAACGUAAUGCUGUUUUCAGCAUCAAUAAUUCUUUAUGUGGCUCUUAUAAUUUUCAGAGCCUGACAAUAUAGGGUUCUUAAGAUACUGAUAUUUGAAUGAUUUUAACAUUUUAAAAUAUCAGACAAUGCUUUUUUUUCUUUAACACACACUAAACAGACAAUUUUCCCCAACAUUUAUUAUGUGAAAUUAUUUAUUUACUCAAAUAUGUUAUACCCGCCUCUUCUUGAAUCAUCAGUGUUUGUGGGGUUUCAAUCAUGUGUUGCCAACAGGGAAAUUUGCCCUUCACUAACUAUCCAACAUCAACAGUCAUAAGAUGGCUGAAGGAUUUUUUUCCCCCUAUCAAUUCUUUUUUCAGUUUUCAUUUGUCUGUCUUUAUAAAUACUCAUAAGAAUAGAUUGGCAAGUAGUUGUUAUUAUCAGUUGAUAGUAUUGGCCAACAGAUAAAUUGGUCGGGUGUAAUAAUCUGAUAUAACAUAAAUGCUGUCAUUCGUACAUUAGCCAGAUCUUUGGUAUAGCCUGUUCGGGGUUUGCUAACCACUUCUCUCUAACGUAAUAACAUUACUGUUAAAUAUGUACCACCUAACCUUAAGGGCUUUUUCUGCCUCUUUAACAUGAGAGAGGUUUAACUCAAUUUUUUCAAUUUUCUUUUAGCUUCGAACCAACUGUGUUGCAUGUUGGGGUUUCGGUAGCAUCCAUAAAUACCUCUGUGUGGCCAGAUUCAAAUGGAGAGGGAUUCAAUCAGUUGCUUACAUUUGAAGACUAUCUUUAGAAAAUUGUUUCCAAACCAAGUUAUCACAGUCCCAGUGCUGGAUGCAGUCGAAGUGGAGGGUUGCUUAGUGUGCUGGCUGGCACUGUGCAUUAUAAAUCUAUUAGUAGUUUGUACUGUAGUAUCACUGCUGGCCUGUAUUACAUCCCGUGCCAAACUUUGCUUUCACCUCAGCAUAAAGGGCCUCUUCAGAUUAUGCAGAGACAACGGUGAGGUGCUGGAUCAUCGUGAAUGUUUUAUUCUAGUAUAUAAUUGCUUAUCAUUAUGCAUGGCUCUGUUUUUGGUUUCUUGUUUUGUAAAGUAUGAAAUAAACUGGACUUUAAAGUGGUAUUAAAAAAAAGGGGAUGUGUCAACGCUAUUUUAGUCUUGCUUUUUUAAGGGAGCAGUAUGUCAAAGUUUUGGGUGAGGGUAAACUGGGAUGGGUGGAUAUGUUUGUAUGCAUGCUGUGUGAAAUGUGAUAUAUUGUGUGGCUGUCUCAUUUCUGUCCUUUCAGGAAAGCAAAAGUUUUAUCUGAGUUAUUCCAGAGAUAGACGAUGCAGUCUGGACGAUCUACAUGUAAUGUGCCACAGUUUUCAAAUGCCAAUUUCUUUUGUUUUGCCAAAAACUUUUUUUUAAGUGGAAGAAUUACAUUUUUAAGCACUUUUCACUGAAAAAGUACUGCCAAACCCUUAGGUUUUUAUGAUACUCUGACAUUCUCGUCUUCUUUUAUCUUUGUGUAAAACUGUGUAAUGUUUACAGUAAUAACUUUUCUGGGUCCUUUUGUGAACCAAACCCUUCAUUAUGCAAUGCGCUGGUUUACUGUGUAGCUUUCUCUGUAUCACUUCUUCUAUAUACACUUUGAAAAUAAACGUGGAGAGGUUUUCAUGA